AUGUGCCGUCUUCAGCUUGGUUGGGAUGAAGAGAUGCCUGCCAAUGAGCUGCAGCAGUGGAAGAACCUAAUUGAGCAGCUGCCAAGACUUGCAAACUUCAAGCUGGCCAGGAACUACACCCCAGCUUCCUUCGGUAAGGUAAAGUCUUACAAGCUCCACCACUCCAGUGAUGCCUCUCAGUCAGGCUACGGCACAACUACUUAUCUUCGAAUAGUCAACGAAGCUGGUGAGGUGCACUGCACUCUGAUGAUGGCCAGGGCAAGGGUUGCUCCUCUCAAGCGAUCCACCAUUCCCAGGCUGGAACUUACAGCUGCCAUCGUUGCUGCACACAUGAAUUGUAAGUUGCAAGAGGAGCUCGACAUACCCCUAGAAGAUUCAGUCUUUUGGACUGAUAGCACUUCAGUCCUGAAAUAUCUACUGAAUGAGGAAGCCUGA